AUGCGCGCUCUGCCUGCCCAGAACGCGUCUGCCGGCGAGCAGCCGCCUCCCCCGGACUCCGAGGCCUUGCGGGACGCGCACGCAGUGCGGCCGGCGCGCAGGAGCGCGGUGGAGAGGCUCGCUGCGGACCGCGCCAAGUACGUUCGAGGCCUGCCGGGGGCCCAUCUGGACCCCGCUUCUGAGGGCCGCAGCCCUGGGACGCCCGUGGGGCAGCGCUGUGACCCGGCUGCUGCGGCCCGCGUCCCCGCGCCGGUGGCGCGCAGGGCGAUCGCGCGGAAGUCUCUGAGGCCUGACUCACUGGUCAUCUACCGGCAGAAAUGCGAGUUCGUCCGAGGGCCGGGUACCGACGGCCCCAGGGGAGGCCUGGUGAAGAAACUUUUCCAGGGACCGAGCAAAGACAAGGCGCCGGAGUCCUUCCAAACGCCCGGGGCGAGGGAGGACAGCCAUGCCGGCGGCAGGGAGGCCGCACCCGCAAAGCCUUUCCUGGUGGCUGCGACUGCGGCCCCAGUCGGUGCCGCGGGCCCAGAGCCCGGGGACCCCGCCCUGCCUUCAGCAGCGACCCCGGGGGGCCAGGCUUCGUGCGCUGGUAAGGAGCUGCUGGUGGCCAGACGUCGGGGGCUUCAGCGCUCGCAGUCAGACCUCAGCUCCCGCUACUCCCUGGCCAAGGCCGAGUUUGACACCUUCUUCCUGUACUGCGGCCUGGAUCCCGAGGUGGUAGAGGCUCUUGGGAAGGACAACUUCUCCGCAGGGUCCGAUUGUGUCGCCCUCAAGGUGCGUAGCGUAAGUGUGGCCACUUCCGACAGUGGCUUCUCUCGGCACAGCGACGAGGUCAACGAUGGGCUGCAGGAGGAGGAGCUCGUAGAGCAGGUGCCCAGCACUACCUCCGUGGUCGAGAGAAAUGCCCGCAUCAUUAAGUGGCUGUACACCUGCAAGAAGGCCAAGGAGACCCCCAGCCAGGGGCCUGCUUGA